GUUCUGAGCAAGACUGACUUCCCUUCCUUCCCCUGACACUAUAAAUUUGCUCCAUCCCCCUCGAACCCAGGAGCACCAUGAAGCCUAGCACCAGCUGCUUCUCCCUCCUGGGCUUUGUCACCUUCUGCCUGGCAAGGAUGACUCUCGGGGAGUCAAGGAAAAUUCUCCCAACCCUGUGCCAGCUAAUGCCAGACAAGGGCCAUUGCUCCUCUAGGGAGGACGGAGUGCCCGUGCGCCGCUAUUACUAUGACCCUGCUGCUGCACGGUGUCUGCCCUUCAACUACAGCGGGUGCGGCGGCAACAAGAACAGGUUCAAUAACCGGAAGAAAUGCCUUGCGGUCUGCGGGAUCCCCGGUAUCCCCCCAAUCUGCCAGCUCCCAAGGAAAAAGGGCCCCUGCAACCAGGAACUCCCUCGUUUCUACUUCAACACGGCAACCCGCACCUGUGAGCUCUUCUCCUACGGUGGCUGUGAAGGUUUCCUCAACAGGUUCCAGACUGAGGAGGAAUGUCUGAAGACCUGUUUGUCUGAUGGGACCUGAGGAAGCGAUUGAGCCGGGCUGAGCCUGCCCACUUGGAGCCAGGAAUCCCAGCACUCUCCCCCCAUUGCCACCUGGAGGCCACGAGCUGUCUCUGACCUGUCCAUCCUCCCCAGGAUCUGGAUCUCCAUCCUGUCCUCAUCCACCACUGGGCUUGCUGUUCAGCCAGUCUGCUGUAUUAAUAAAAUAGUUAAAGCAA